AUGCCCUCCGCCUACACCCAGCGCUCCCUGGCCGUGCUGCUGCUCUUCGGCACGCUGGCGGCCCUCAUGGCGGUGCUCGCCUCCAUCCUCAUCUUCCAGCUGCAGGCGGGCCGGGCCCGGGCCGGCCCCCCCAGCGCCGUCUCGGAGCGGGUGGCCGGGGUGCUGCUGCCGGUCUCGGCCGUGCUGGCCGCCCUGUGCCUGGUGCUCAACGUCAGCUGCCUCCUGCUCUGCCUCCUGCACAGCUACUUCAGCGCCGAGGCGUGCCGGGGAGCCGCGGAGCCGGACAGAGCUGACUGGUUCCUGUUGGACAGCCGCAUGAUUCGGCAUGUUGCCAUUGGCUUGUUCUGCUGCGGUGUUUCCGUCUAUUUAGCAGCUCUCUCCAUCUACAUGCUGCUGCUCUUUGAAAUCGAGACCGGCAUAACCAGCGCCUGCAUCCUGUCCUCCGGGAUCAUCGUCCUGCUGAUCACGGUGAUGCACGCCUUCGUCAGGGCCUCCCAAGCCUCCCGGCGCAGCCAGUCUGAGCUCUGCCGUACCCUCUACGAGAACGACUCCGCCCGGCGCAGCGACACCCCGGCUAGCGACCUCAACAACAGCAAGAACGUGGCUGCAGCCCGCCCGCGGCCAGAGAUCCACCGAGAGUUCUCCUACCCACCGUACAUAGAGCAGAAGCCCCACCUUGCCUCACCAGCCAGAGGCAGCUUCACCUUGCCAGGAAGCCAUAGGCCACUGGCUGAGAAGGACUGCUGCAACCUGCCCCGGACACACAGGACGCUGUCGGCAGAGCCAGGCCUGCUGCAGGUACAGGGCAAGCCCUGGAACAGCGUCACCCAGGAGAUGAGGAAUAUUUUGUCACGGAAGCCAGCAGCCUCGGGGAAGGAUUCAACUUUGGUGUGAAGGCUGGAGUGGGGAAGUCUCAUCCCAACACUGCCAAGAUCUGCAUCUCCCUUUAGCCCUUAACAUGGGCCACUCUCCGCUCCGUCCCCACCUGAACAGCUGAGAUACCUGCCCAGGAGCUCGACCAGAUAUUGGGCGAGGGGAACUCUACUGUCCCACCCAAAUAAAAGGGACUUGGUGUCCCUCCUGCCUGGACUGCACUGAGAUGGAGGGGCUUGAGAAGGGUGCAGAGUUUUAAAAUUGUAUCUUACUCCUCCUGAAGCCUGAAGGAUUAUAUCAGAGCUCCUUCCUAGCUGGGGCUGCCGUUAACCAGCCUAAUGAUUGUAGCGGGCAAUUAGAGCUGGAAAGGUGGUUCUGGAAAAACUACAGCCUGCUGCAUUCUGCCUCUUGCAUCACCCUCCUGUGAGUAAAGAUCCUACCCUGGAAACUCAGGUGAUGCAGGAGACAGAACUGGGCCCAUGACAGCUCUGCAGGACGGAGAGUGGGGGUGAGUGGUAGAGUCACUUGUCUGAUUAGAGCUGCACUUCAAAGUCCCCAUCAGCCCUUCCCUGCCGGGUCGGGUCGGCCUGAGCUGGGAGGGGCAGACGGGAACUGGCUCCGCACGGCAAAAUGCCAUUCGCUGCGUGUCAGAAGAGGGCAAAAAACCAACAGCCAGGAUCAGCCAUAGGAGAGCGGCCGUCCUGUGUGCUGCCUUCUCCCGCAGCCCCGUUCCCCUCUGCACUCCAAGUGUUUGUCCUCGCUGGUCCCUCUCCAGCCUGCUCCCCUUAUUCCUUAGCUAGCGCUAGGGUGGUUUAGACAGUUCACAUGGAAGACUCGCUCCUCAACACAGCUGCUGUAUGUUAUGGUGAAGCAGAGAUUGCUUCCACUCGGAGAGGAAAAACUAGCCACUGCUGGGAGGGGUAAAAGAAGAUGCAGCUGGAGAGUUAGAUUGAGAGAGAGGAGGUUGGAAGGUGGGAGAGAGAGAGAGGGGCCUGCUGCUCACUGACCUGGCCUUGCCUCCAGGACUGGGCACAGACACAACUCAGUCAACAAGAUCACUUCCUGUGGCAAAACCUUUGCUCCAGCAUGAACCGCUGUGCCUGAACACAGGCAGCUGCUGCCUGCCAGAAACACGGCCCUGCAUGUAAACACCAGCCUUUGUAUUCACUUUUCCUUGGUCUUUAAUUGCCUACAAAGGGCAUUUGCAAGGAAACAAGAUCUUUGUUCAUCUGGCCCUACUGCUGGUUUCCCCACUGAAAAGGAUAAUCCUGGUGACAGUGCAGUGGGGGAUGCCAGGAGAUUGGUGGUUAUACAGCCAGGGCUAGGAUUGACGGGGCCGGAGCAGGUGAAACAAGAGCCCUGUUUGGUGCAACUGCGCGGUUAGUACGAGACAGAGAAAUGCACAAUAGGAAAUAAAAAUACAACAGAUGGUGCUGGUUACCGUGAGACACACCCAGUUCUUUAAACGGAGUCUGAUUCACCAUUGGGUGACUUUCCCUGUUAGAACUCCAUUGAUUUCCAAAACCAGCGAGGAGUCCUUGUGGCACCUUCGAGACUAACAAAUUUAUUUGGGCAUAAGCUUUCAUGGGCUAGAACCCACUUCAUCAGAUGCAUGGAGUGGGACAUACAGG